AUGGUUCGACUCCCGCUCGCACUUCUGACUUUUGUCCAUUCUUCAGGUGUGUUCUACAAGCUUUACGAGCAAGAGUUCACUCCGACUCAGGCGGAAAUAGAAAAUGUCUCUGAAGCGUCAGCCAACAGCCACGGGAUCUCUGCAAGUCUGAUGCGGACGGCCAUUAUAAACUCUCGCCAGCAUGAGGCCUUUCUGUACAAAUUGUAUUUGGAUCUCAAGGAGAUAGAGGCCAAGGCUCAGCAACUCAAUCAGAAAUAUCAGGAAGUAAUGAGCCGUCUUCACGAGACGAUGGUGCCACGAAUGGCGAGAAUCACUGGCGAUGCCGACUACGAUGCCGGCGAAACGUAUGGAAUGUACCACGUCAACGGUCCGACUUUGGAAAUGAUGAUGCAUACAAUAGACUCAGGACAAGACUACCAGUAA